GCCAGUCGAAGCUCCCAGACCAUAAGGAGACCAUAUCUGAUGUGGUUUUUCAAGGACCUGAGAAGAUUUUUUGCAGCAUGGAGCUCAUAACGGAUCUUCUGUAUACGUUCAGCACUGAGGCCAGCAGGAUGAACGUGACACUCAGCCUCUUCUUCAUUUUCCUGGGCCUUCUUUACUGGUUUUCAGUCUAUCCAUUCUCGGUCCUCUCUCGAUACGGAAUCAAGCACCCAAAGACAGUGCCAUUUUUCGGUAACAUGUUGAUGUUUCACAAAGGUUAUUUUGAAUCUACCUCCAAUAUAGUAAGGACACAUGGCAAACUGUGUGGGUAUUAUUUUGGCCGGAAACCAGUUGUGCUGUUAGCAGAACCUGAUUUGAUCAAACAAGUGAUGGUCAAGGAGUUUGGUAGCUUCCCUAACAGAAUAAUGUUAAGUGAUGCCAGCAAGCCCUUGAAAGACACUCUGCCUUUACUGAGGAACGAACGAUGGAAGAGAGUUCGAAGCGUCGUGACUCCGACCUUCAGUGCUGCCAAGAUGAAAGAAAUGGUUCCUCUCAUGAACAUUGCCAUUGAUACACUGAUGAACAACCUGAGUGCCCACGCUGAGUCAGAAAAAGGCUUUGACAUCAACAAGUGUUUCAGCUGUUUUGCCCUGGAUGUUAUUGCCAGCGUGGCUUUUGGCACUCAAGUGGAUUCCCAUAAAACUCCGGAUAAUCCGCUUGUUCGAUAUGGUCAGAUGUAUUUUUCCACGUCUUUCUUCAGGCCCUUUGUCUUGUUUCGGGAACUUUUUCCUGCUAUCAUGACUCCGCUUUCAAAAUUUUUUCCCAAUAAAAAGCGAGAGGAGGUGAAUAAAUUCUACAUCCGCAUUAUUCAGAGGAUCAUAAAGCAGAGAGAGGAGCAGGCGCCUGAUCAGAGGCGUAGAGACUUCCUUCAGCUGCUUUUGGAUGCUCGAACGGAACCAGAGACUGUCUCUUUGGAUGACUUUGACACAGGAAACCAGUCAGAGUUUGAUGACAGAAGGCAGCAGACACAAUCCUCAGCAGCAGAUCACAAAAAUAGUGAUUUUCAUGCGGAGGCACACAAGAGGCGACCACAAAAACAGAUGCUUACUGAGGAUGAUAUUGUGGGUCAGGUUUUCAUUUUUCUUGUGGGGGGCUUUGAAAACGUCAGCAACACAUUAGCCUUCGCCAGCUACCUGCUGGCCCUCCAUCCUGAAUGUCAACGCAAAGUACUGGACGAGGUGGACGACUUCUUCACAAGACAUGAUUCACCAGAUUACACAAACAUCCAGGAGCUGAAGUAUUUGGACAUGGUUGUAUGUGAAACGUUGCGGCUCUACCCUAUUGUUUUUAGGAUUGUUCGAGAAAUUAAGCAAAACUGUGCGCUGGGUGACCUACGUCUUCCUAAGGGCAUGUUAGAGAUCCCUGCAGGCUUCCUCCAUUUUGACCCGGAUCACUGGCCAGAGCCAGAGAAGUUCAACCCUGAAAGGUUUACACCAGAGGCAAGAGCUAACCGUCAUCCCUUUGUCUAUCUGCCGUUUGGGACUGGGCCCAGGAACUGUGUGGGAAUGAGACUUGCCCAGCUGGAAAUCAGAAUGGCUUUAGCACAUUUGUUCCACAAAUUCAGCGUCACAGCUUGCUCUGAGACCAAGGUUCCUUUGGAGUUGAAAUCUAUUAGCAAUCUAGGACCUAAAAAUGGUGUGUUUGUGAAAAUCACAACACGGGACAAUUGAGGACAUGAAGACUCUUCAUCAGAUCUUUAGACACUUGGCCAUCCCUCAAAUGGGCUGUAGACCUUUAUGAAACAUUCUAAUAUAUCCUGCAGUAACAUGAACAAAAUGCAGAAAGACCGAAUGUGUUUGGGUUUUUUGUGUGUGUUUUUUUUUAAGAAAGAUGAUCAUGAAGUAAUCAUGAAGUGAGUUGUUUGGCAAAUCUGUGAUUUAAGUGAGCUGUCAUAAAACAUAAUGAUGUCAGAUUUCCUCUGCAAAGAGAAAUGGCUUCUCAUUUUGCCCAAAGAUGAACAUAUUUUGUGUUGCUGGUUAUAUUUGAGUUCUUAAAAUUAAAUUGUUUUAUUUUUUUCAGUCAAGAAAUAUUCAGUAAGGUGGAGAAAGAGACUCGUCCUAUCUGACCUUGUUUUCUCAUUCUUAUCAGGUUUGUUAGUAAAACCCAAGAUAAGAAGUUUCUUGCGGCCUCUCAGUGAUAUGAAUCUUUACAAUGUUUAAACAUUUGCACCUUGUUAAAACAACUACUCAUUUGCCUAAUUUUAUUCACAUUGUAUAACUUUUUUACUAAACCUGGGAAGCAAUUUGUUUUUAUUUUUUAUGAGUGAUUAAGUAAUUCGGGAAAAUAUUUUUUGAUUAUUUGAAUGUUUAUAUGUCUUCUGUGUGGAGAAAUUUUUAAAUAAAGUAAUCAGCUAGCUAA